AUUUGUUAUUUUUGAAUAGAUGUCUUAAUACACCGAUGGCCCUGGUUUGUAAAUUGGUGAAUUAUUCGUAUAAUUCUCUCGGUCGCGGGAAAAAACAGAAUGAGCAGUCAUUAUGAAAUUAUAGAACCGAGUUCAGUUAUUCCGUCAAAGAGAGAAGACGUGUUUUGCAGGCUAUAGUUUAGUUUAACUCUUUCUAUACCGCCCCAGCUAAAAUCAGUCCUGUGGGACUGAUGACUUCAAAAUCGAAUUGUGAAACAACCACUGGUCGUCUCGCAGGCUAUAAAAGCUCAAAAUACGGCUUUUGAAUCAGCCAAUCAGAUUCAAGUAUUUUCGUUUCCGUGUGAGUUGUAGAUUCGGGCCAGCAACAUCACAAACAUUCAAAAAACAAAAUGGCGAAGGCUGGAAGCUCAAGGAGAAUUUCUCUUGAAGAUGCUGUCAAUUAUAUGCUUGAAACUGAUGAUUCUGACAUCGAUUCAUGUCAUGGGGGCCUCAGUAGUGACGAAGAAGAAAGAAUAGAUAAUGCUUUAUUGGGUUACUACUCGGAUUGGGAUGAAAAUGAUCCAAAUGCUGAUGUUGAAAGCAAUCUUGUCGGUCGCUCAUCACCGCCUCCUUCUUCACCGCCACCGCCGCUGUCCACAAACUCGACUGAAACGUUGAACAAUGAAAGUCAAGUAACUGCUCUAAAUUCUGCUGUUUCUCUAACAUUCUGUGCCAAUAAUAAUGUUCCUGACCAUGCCACAGUCACUAAUGAGCCCAGUACGAGAAUUUCUCGUCGCACGCGCCGUCCUCGAAAACAGGUUAUUGAUUUGGGGUCAACCGAUGAUGACUGCGAUAACAAAGAAAACAUUUGCGAGAAACAUACCUCUACAAAAAAAGGUAAAAAGAAGCCAGCUAACAAGAAACCAGCCAAUAAGAAGCCAGCUAAUAAGGAGCCAGUAGCACAUAAGAAUACCAAGAGUUAUGAUGAUCCAGAUACUCCAAACAUUCUACCAGAUUUUACUCCGACACGUGACCCAGGAUUGCAUUGUGAUGUUCCAUUGAUACGCGGCGUUCAAGAAAUUGAUUUUUUCCAACUAUUCUUUAGUGAGGAAUUGAUUCAGGAUAUAGUGAAGCAUACUAAUACAUAUGGCUGGAGAAACAUCAGCAAAAAGAAAAGUUGUGCAAAAAAAGAUGGGUCAUGGAAAGAAACCUCUGUCCACGAGAUGAAGCAAUUUAUCGCUUUACUUAUGUACAUGGGUAUCGUGCGGCUACCGCGACACGACCGAUACUGGAGUGUCAAAUCACUGUUUCAUGGUUUAUGGGCAAGGGAGAUGCUGUCCAGGAGUAGGUUCUACGCUUUGUUGUCCAUGCUACAUGUUGUGGAUCCUGAGGAGGAGGAACAAGGUCAUAAGCUAAAGAAGGUCGCACCGUUCAUCGAUCAUUUUAGAAAUCGUUGCCGCACGCUGUUCCAACCAGAACAAAACUUAGCAGUUGAUGAGCGCCUUGUCAAGUCGAAACAUCGUUCUGGUAUCCGCCAGUAUAUCAAGAACAAACCGGUUAAAUUUGGUAUCAAACUCUGGGUAAUUGCCGACAGCAAGACUGGUUAUACAUGUGACUUUAGUGUUUACACGGGGAGUGGGGAUGGAGUUGUCCAUCCAAAACACGGGCUUGGAUAUGGUGUUGUGAUGACCUUGGCAGAAUCCUUCUUGAAUCAAGGAUAUCAUAUUUUCUUUGACAACUUUUACACGUCAUGCAUUUUGGUCAUUGAUCUUCUCAAACACCAAACUCCGUCUUGUGGAACAGUGGUUGAAAGCAGAAAAGGUUUUCCGGAUUCGAUGAAGGGAGGAAAAAAGAGCUGGGCACCUAAACAACACCGGGGAGCUAUGAGAUGGAGCCGUGAAGAUAAAGCGUUGUGUCUUCAAUGGAAAGACAACAAAGUGGUUACCAUGGUGAGCACCAUUGACAGGGCAGAUAAAUUUGUUGAAGUACAAAGGAAAGUCAAAGCUGAUGGUAAAUUUUCUACAGUUACGGUUAGACAACCAGAAUGCAUCCAACGGUACAAUUCUUAUAUGAAUGGUGUAGAUAAAUCCGACCAAUAUCUAGCAAAAUACAACAUGCUGCGAAAAUGUGUAAGGUGGUGGAAAACUCUGUUCUUCCACAUGAUCGACAUUGGUUUAGUCAACGGUUUCAUACUGUUUCAAUUGCAUCGCUCCCGUAACCCUGAUGUUCCGGGGCUCAAGCGACCUAAGUCUUACGCUUUGCUUGUUUUUCGAGAGGCUGUUAUCAGGCAACUAACCAGUAUGGAAGAGUAUGCAGAUCCUCCUGUUUACAAUAACUUCCAAGCUCCCAUUGAUAAGAGAUAUAACACUGAACAUAUGCCGGUAUUCACCGAAGAGAAACGAAAUUGUAAAGUCUGUUACGCAGAGUUGAAGAAGCAAGUCCGUGUUUACACGAAGUGUUCUGCUCCACAAUGUGAUGUUUAUUUGCACUUUACAAAAGAAAAUAAUUGUUUUCAGAAGUGGAAUACAACAUUCAAACACUAGGAAAAACAUUCAUUUGUGCAAAUUUUCUUUUGUUUGUAUUCCUGUUCUUUAUUAGGAUUUGAACCGAUUAUUCGUCGGUUUACGAUAAUUCUCUAAAUAGGAGGAGGCUGCUUCAUGUGACCAUAUCUCCGGAACUAAUUGUCUUUUGGACGUGAAAUUUUUUGCAAGGUGUCAGAAUUUUAAUGGGGUACAACUUUGUUAGCAAAAAUAUCACUCUAAAACCAAGUGGAAGUCAUUUUUUGAUCAAAUAAUUCAUUUUUACGCACAAUUUUGAAGAAAUUUUCACAGCUUUUCCGCCAUUAUGGAUUUCAAUGGGUUUAGAUUUUCUUUUUUUUCUUCAAAAUUAAAUCUUUGAUACAUUACCUUUCUUUUGAGGGGUCAUUGACUUUCUAGGAACUAGUAAGUAUUAUGUUAUUAGACUUUAUUUAGGGUACACUUUUCCAUUUUUUAUGAAUAUUUUACGGUUACAUUUUUACUAAAAUAAGAAACCGGCUUAGUUUGACCAUAUCUCCGGAACUAAUAGUCCUUUGGACCUGAAAUUUUUUGCAAAGUGUCAGAAAUAUAAUGGGGUACAACUUUGUAAGCAAAAACAUCACUCUAAAACCAAGUGGAAGUCAUUUUUUGAUCAAAUAAUUCAUUUUUACGCACAAUUUUGAAGAAA